UGGAGAGGACUGGUAUGGAGAGGACUGGUAUGGAGAGGACUGCCAUGGAGAGGACUGCCAUGGAGAGAAAAAUACCAUGGAGAGAAAUACCAUGGAGAGAAAUACCAUGGAGAGGACUUCCAUGGAGAGGACUGGUAUGAAAGGACUGGUAUGGAGAGAACUGGUAUGCAUGAGAAGGCGAUGAGUGAGGGUCACGCUUUGCCCAGAUGAAGGCAUGAGACAGGGAGGGCACAAGUGGCAUGGGCCCUCCUCCCAGCCCCAUGGACCAACACUCUCAAGGCUACCACUCCCCACCUUGGGGCUCUGACCACUCCAGCCCCGUCCCUUCCAACGGCGCCCCCUCUGGCCCUCUCCAACCCUCUAGCGCAGGCCCAAGCCCCUCAGACACCUCCUCCAACCCGGACUCCCCAACCCUGGGGGGCAGAAACCAGUUGCACAACCGUCCCGGUGGGCCCCAGCAAAGUGGCCCCGGCCCUGUUGCCCCGGAGGAGGCCUACUCCUUUCAACCAGAACCAGCUUCACCAGCUGCGGGCCCAGAUCAUGGCCUAUAA